AUGGGGACCGCGAAGGGUGGGAACAGUGUUUCCGCCUCAUUUGCGGGUGAUGAUGGCCUUCACAAAGGGCCUGUGGCCCAGAAGUAUAUCGGCACUCUGGCCGAUCAAAGAGAUAUGCAGGCGCUGGGAAAGGAUCAGGUCUUGAGGAGAAACUUCCGAUUCAUCUCUAUUGUUGCCUUCGGGUGCACCUUGAUUGCAUCAUGGGAGGUCGUCCUAACAAUGAUGAGCUCGCCUUUGAUCGAUGGCGGCACUGCCGGUUUUAUUUGGGGCUUUGUGGCGGUCACCGUCGGCGUGUUGUUGCUGUUCGCUAGUCUGUCGGAAAUGGCCUCCAUGGCGCCUACUGCAGGUGGUCAGUACCAUUGGGUCUCGGAGUUUGCUCCCAGAAGCUGCCAGAAGUUCCUGAGCUAUAUCACUGUUUGGACUGACCAACCCCGAUCGCAUCUAGGCUGGCUAUGCGCUACCGGUUGGGAAUGCGCGAUUGUGUCGAUUGCCUUUCUGGCAGGUACUAUCAUCCAAGGACUGGCUAUUCUUAACUACCCUGAUUAUGUCUAUGAACCGUGGCACGGCACUCUGAUCACCAUUGCCAUUACUCUCUUUUCGGUUCUCUUCAACACUUUUCUGGCCAAGAAGCUCCCUCUCGUGGAGGCUUUUAUCUUGAUCAUCCACGUUGCUGGUUUCUUCAUUGUGAUCAUUCCGCUCUGGGUGCUGGCGCCAAUCAGUGACGCAAAGACGGUUUUUACGCAGUUUACAAAUGGCGGCGACUGGAACAGUAAUGGCACAGCAACGAUGGUCGGUCUUAUUACCGCAAUGACUGCCAUGAUCGGAUACGACUGUACGGUCCACAUGUCCGAGGAAGUCCGAGACGCUGCGACAACAAUCCCGAAGGCGAUCAUGGUCGCAGUCAGCUUGAAUGGCAUCCUGGCCUUCAUUGUCUUGGUCACUCUGUGCUUUACUUUGGGCAAUGUGGAUGAGGUUCUCAGCUCCAACACCGGAUACCCUUUCAUCGCGGUCUUCUUCAAUGCCACCAAAAGCUACGCGGCCACAAAUGCAAUGACUGCAGUCGUGACCAUGUCUCUCAUUGCUAGUGUGAUUACUGAAGUGGCCACUGCUUCACGACAGCUUUGGUCUUUCGCUCGAGACGGAGGCGUCCCGCUCGCUAGGUUUUUCGGCCAUGUUAACCCGAACUGGAACAUUCCCCUCAACGCCGUCAUCGUAUCCCUCGUACUCACGAUCCUGCUCUCUCUCAUCAACAUUGGCUCAACAGUUGCUCUCGAUGCCUUGAUCACGCUCACUGUGGGAGCGUUGCUGAACUCUUACAUUAUCACCGUCUCCUGCGUGGCAUUGAAACGAAUCCGGGGAGAGCCCCUCCCUCCGCAUCGCUGGUCCUUGGGCCGGUGGGGCCUUUGGGUCAACCUCGGAGCCCUAGCCUUCCUCAUCCCGGAAUUCGUUUUUGUCAUGUUCCCUCUCUACUCGACCGUGGACCCCACGACUAUGAACUGGAGCUCGCUCAUGUAUGGCGCGAUGUUGAUCUUUUCCAUCAUUUAUUACAUCUUAUACGGACGGAAGACUUACGUCCCACCGGUUGCCUUGGUCAAACGUGAAAUAUAAGUGGCGAAUUCUCGAUGGGGGCCGUUCUUCCCCCCGUGCGUGGCCACGUUAUCUCUUUCCAUUUAUGUCGCCGUUACUAACACGUCGGCCGUCUCCACUACACCAACAAGCUAAUGGAUC